AUGGCAAAUGGAGAGGCGUACAGAAAUGAGUCAAUGCCUUUAAUAGUUCUAGAGAAGGCCUAUGAUAGAGUGCCAAGGCAGGAGCUCUGGAGAUGCAUGAGAAGGGAGUGCCCAAAAAAAUAUGUUCGGAUCAUCCAGGACAUGUAUGAAGGAGCAAGAACUCGGUUGAGAACCAUUGUUGGCACAACAGGAUGGAUCUCAGAUAGAGUUGGCCUACAUCAUGGGUCCCCUUUGAGUCCUUAUCUGUUCGACCAAAUUAUAGAUGUAUUGGCGGAAGAGGUUAAAGAACAGGCUCCCUGGUGCAUGAUGUUUGCAGACGACAUUUUAUCCCAGUACCAGUAA